AUGGGGUGUGAAGCUGCGCGCCCUGGUCCAUCAGAUAAAUACAGCUCAAGAAAAUCAGUUAGCGAGUUACUCACUGCCAUGGUAGGAAGUGCAGGCCUGGACUUGGCCUCCGAUCAACCAGUAAACAUAACUUCCACUUCCAUAAUGUUGAUUCCCACAGGAGUUUGGGGACCCUUAGGCCCGGGGAUCCAUGCCCUUCUAGUUGGACGUUCAUCAGCCACUAUGAUGGGUUUGUUUGUCCUACCUGGAGUGAUUGAUUCUGACUGUCAAGGUAAAAUACAAAUUAUGACAUGGACACUGAUGCCUCCCUGCUACAUGCCUGAGGGACAACGACUCGUCCAGUUAAUCCCCUGCUACAGUGCAUCACCACCCGGGGAAGCGGAAAGAGGCUUUGGGGCUUUUGGGAGUACAGGCGAGUUGUAA